AUGACAGUGAGAGAGGCUCUUAAUACGGCACUUGAUGAAGAACUUACUCGCGAUGACCGUGUUUUUUUAAUUGGAGAAGAAGUCGCACAGUAUAAUGGCGCAUAUAAGGUAUCAAAAGGACUCCUUGAUAAAUAUGGGCCGAUGCGUAUUGUUGAUACACCAAUUACAGAGUCAGGUUUCGCAGGCUUGGCCAUAGGUGCAGCAUUAUCAGGAUUAAGACCUAUAUGUGAAUUUAUGACAUUCAAUUUUUCGAUGCAAGCUAUAGAUCAAAUAGUCAAUUCAGCAGCCAAAGUUCAUUAUAUGAAUGGUGGUAUAGUACCAUGUCCCAUUGUAUUCCGGGGUCCAAAUGGUUUUGCAGCAG